UUCGAUCAGAUCAGAUCAGAUCUGAGCUUUGGGCUGGUGCUUGAGUGACAAGAAUCAUCAUCCGGAAAAAUGGUUGAUAAAUUCGUGGGAACGUGGAAGAUGACCACCAGCGAAAACUUUGACGAGUACAUGAAGGCUCUAGGUGUGGGUUUCGCUACUCGUCAGGUGGGAAACCGGACUAAGCCCAACCUGGUCGUGUGUGUGGAUGAUCAGGGGCUGAUAUGCAUGAAGUCGCAGAGCACCUUCAAAACUACCGAGAUCAAAUGUAACCUCAACGAGUCAUUCGAGGAGAUCACGGCGGAUGAUAGAAAGACUACGACUGUCGUGACUCUUGAGAACGGCAAACUUGUGCAGAAACAGACCUGGGAUGGCAAAGA